GCAGCUCACGGCGCUCGGAAGCCCCCAGUGCAAUGGUGGUUUCCGGCCCCGUGCCGAAUUUAAGGCACCCAUCCAAGGGGAUGUUUGCUCCCCUCCUCCUUCUCCUGGCCAAGCUCGGCUGCAGCACCCAACCCACGUACCAAUGGCGAGAUGCCGUGUCGAACGUGCCGCUCACCUGCCAGCAGUGCCCGCCGGGGACCUUCGUGGCCCAGCACUGCACCAGGGACGAGCCGACGCGGUGCGAGCCCUGCCCCGAUUUGCACUACACACAGUACUGGAACUACCUGGAGAAGUGCCGGUACUGUAACGUCAUCUGCGGGGAGAAGCAGGUGGAGGUGCAGCAGUGCAAUUCCACCCACAACCGCGUCUGCCAGUGCCAGGACGGCUACUUCUCCGAGAUGGAAUUCUGCGUCCGGCAUUCCAAGUGUUUGCCGGGCUUUGGCGUGGAGAAGCUGGGUACCCCCUUUGAGAACACCCAGUGCCGCGCCUGCCCCCGCGGCUUCUUCUCUUCCUCCAGCUCCAGCACCGAGCCGUGCCAGCCCCACCAGGACUGCGAGCAGCAGGGGAAGGUGGUCAACGUGGAGGGCAACCAGUACCACGACACCCUCUGCACCUCCUGCAGACGGGACAGAAGCAACAGCACGCAGGGACCAGCUCCGGACAACGACGACUGUGAGCAAGCCCUGAUAGACUUUGUUGCGUACCAGAACAUCCCCAUCAGGAAGCUGAAGCGCCUGCAGCAGAUCCUGACGCACUCCCCGAGGAAGAAGACGCUGGGCACGCGGGCGGACACGCAGGAGAAGUUCCGAGCUUUGCUCACCAGCCUCAGAGAGGGGCACCCGGUCACCAGGGAGCUGCUGGUGGCGCUGAGGACUGCCAAGCUGCACUCCAUCGAGAAGCAGGCCCGCGAGCGCUUCCUCCUGCGCUGA